UUUGGCAUUUUGCUAGCAUUGCAGCCAUGAAGGUCACUUUAAUGAUCAUCCUGAGCUCUAUUGCUACCUCCCUGGCCCUCAUAUCACCUUUCUCGACACAAUACCAGCUGGAUGAUGACUAUGUAGUCCUAGACUAUCACAAUGUGUCGAUACCUUUCUCUAAUUUCUCAUACAAAGGGAUUGUAUCCAAUACCAACAGGAGUUAUACUGCUUUUGUAGCUGUUUUGCCUUCUGGUGUAUCUAGUCAAUUCUCAUUUGAGCUCCCGAAAGGUGGUUGUGGUACGGUUAAUCUAACUUCUCUUACAUCAAAAGAGAACAAUUGCAAUUACUCUACUAACGCUGGCUAUUUUAACACCAAAACAAACUCUUGCGUGGGAAAUAUAAUUACUAAUGGAAAAACAGAGCAGCUGGCUGGUCAAGCUACUGUUAAUUUUGCCAUUACUUCAAAGUCCUACGUCCUUGGGUACUUGACAAAUAAAACAUUGACCAGUGGAGAAUACAACUGGACACAAUUAAUAUCGGGGUUUGGCUGGAUUGUUAGACGUGGUGAAGAUAAUGUUAAGAAAAGCAUUCCAAUAGAAGAACUGCCAGACACUUUUGUAACAGAGAAAGCUCCACGGACUGGAAUAUGUGUUGCAAGAAAUGGGACACUUAUACUAGCAGAAGUUGACGGUGAGGAAGAUAUAAAAGCUGGACUGGAUUUAUAUGAAUUUUCUGAAGUAUUGAUAGAUCUUGGGUGCUGGGAAGCAGUGAAUCUUGACGGAGGCGGUAGCAGUACUUCAGUAUACAGAGGGACUGUAAUUAACAAGCCAACUUGCAGUGAUAGCAGUGAUAUUUGUGAAAGACAUGUCUCCAGUAUCACGUGUAUUAAACUAUCUUAAUUAUAACAAACAAAGUAAUUACUGAUAGUUUAUCAGGUGUAUAUUGCUAGAAUAUAAAAUAUAACUUAAUACUAAAAUAUAAUUACAUGAGUGAGAAAGCACUAUUAAGUAAUGCAAAAAAGAGAGGAAUUACGUGUAAUAAUUGUUUCUAUUAUUCUGACACCAGCAAUAAUAACAAUAGCAAUAGAUAACAACAAUAGUAAUAAUAAUAAUAAUAAUGUGUGGAUAAUAUGUGUGAGUAGCUUUCGGUACAAUGAAAAA